ACCAAAAGGCCUGGGUGGAUAGAAGGGGGACAAGGAGGCACACCCAGGCCGGCAAAGGGCAGGUAUCAGCACUGCAAGCACCAAGUGUGUCUUGAGCUCAGUGAGUACUGGGUAUGUGUCACAUUGCCAAAUCCCGGGAUCACAAGUCUCCAUGAACUGGCGGUGAGCUAGGAUAAUAAAACCCCUGACAUCACCAUUCCAGAAGCUUCACAAGACUGCAUAUAUAAGGGGCUGGCUGUAGCUGCAGCUGAAGGAGCUGACCAGCCAGCUGACCCCCCACACUCACCUAGCCACCAUGGACAUCGCCAUCCACCACCCCUGGAUCCGCCGCCCCUUCUUUCCUUUCCACUCCCCCAGCCGCCUCUUUGACCAGUUCUUCGGAGAGCACCUGUUGGAGUCUGAUCUUUUCCCGACGUCUACUUCCCUGAGCCCCUUCUACCUUCGGCCACCCUCCUUUCUGCGGGCACCCAGCUGGUUUGACACUGGACUCUCAGAGAUGCGCCUGGAGAAGGACAGGUUCUCUGUCAACCUGGAUGUGAAGCACUUCUCCCCAGAGGAACUCAAAGUUAAGGUGUUGGGAGAUGUGAUUGAGGUGCAUGGAAAACAUGAAGAGCGCCAGGAUGAACAUGGUUUCAUCUCCAGGGAGUUCCACAGGAAAUACCGGGUCCCAGCUGAUGUGGACCCUCUCACCAUUACUUCAUCCCUGUCAUCUGAUGGGGUCCUCACUGUGAAUGGACCAAGGAAACAGGUCUCUGGCCCUGAGCGCACCAUUCCCAUCACCCGUGAAGAGAAGCCUGCUGUCACCGCAGCCCCCAAGAAAUAGAUGCCCUUUCUUGAAUUGCAUUUUUUAAAACAAGAAAGUUUCCCCACCAGUGAAUGAAAGUCUUGUGACUAGUGCUGAAGCUUAUUAAUGCUAAGGGCAGGCCCAAAUUAUCAAGCUAAUAAAAUAUCAUUCAGCAACAGAUAA